AUGCCGCCCGAUCGACCGAUAUGCCCGCCGUCCGAUGGCCAAUCUCGUCUGCAUGAUGAAAACCAUAUCCACGUGGGUGAGCUGUUGUUGGAAGAGGAAAAUCCCGGAGCUAUUGGCAAUGCCAUUGAAGUCCAAAACACAGAUCAAGGGCCGUUUAGACUUGAUCACCCCUACUGUCCUGAUGAUACCCUACCCCUUCCACUUGUACGAAAACAGCCCGACCUUGCGAGAUCGCGUUCGUCGUCCAAGCGCGAAGUACCGGCGGCUUUUGUGGGUUAG